AUGGCGUUCCCCGCCGGCGCAUCCUCAACCGCGCCCGACACGGCGCUCACCCGCGACGAGCAAGAGCUCAUCCUCCUGCUGCAGGUCGAGCGGUGGCUUGCAGAGCAGGCCGGUGACGCGCGAACAGUGACAGCUGCCCUCGAAUCGCUGCCGCGGGAGCUCAACGCCCGAGUCUCGGCUGCGGUCGACUCGGGCCGCUCCACCGUCGAUGCUCUGCUCGACGGCCUUGUCGAGGCCAACGCAGCGCUGCGGGACGAUCUGCUGCACGCUACUCUCGAGCUGCGCCGCCAGGACCUGCUCAUCGAGCGGACCCACCAGUCUGAGCUUGCCCGGGCCCUGCUGCAUCCGGACGAGGCCAGCAAUGUGUGGCCGCAGGACGAGCUCCACGCCUCAGACUACGACCGCAAGGCCAACGCCGCCGUCGUCGCUCUUAUCAAGGCCCGCGACCAAAAGGUGACCGAGCUUGCCGAGCUCACCGCCGCCACCCGCAUCUACGAGAAGGAACUCGCCCAGAUCUACAUGGACGACCGCACCCUGCAAGAGCACAACCGCUCGCUCCGCGCCGCCGUCGCCAAGUUCUCCGACGCCAAGAUCCGCGACCUUGCCCGCCGCAAUCAUUCCGUCGUCCAAGCAGAGAACCACCUCGAGUUCCUCAACCGCAAGUCGCUCAUCUUCCGCAACGUCCUCCAGUCGCUCAUCCUCGAGUCGGGCGUCAACUGGGCCGCCAACAACACGCUCCGCGACGUCGUCCUCGGCGCCCGCGACCCACUCGUCGACUAGCCCCAAGGAUAUCGCUUCCUCCCCCGCCCCGGGGGCCUUGAUAUCCGCACAUACCCCAAGUCGUACUCGCCGCCUACACAUGGCCCCGCUAAAAUACCCGUGUCACAAACCCCUAAACCCAGUGCAGGGCGAUGA